ACACAGAGCAUCACAGUUGCUGGGCUGUUUCGGCACCAACACAAUAUUAGGAAGGUCAUAAUGUUAUGCCUGAUCGAUGUAUGUAAACAUCACCUGAAUGUGACUUGUAUUAUCUUUUAGGUCUUGUGUAUGCACCCGGACUGUGUCAUCCAACUAGAAAAAGAGAAAUGCAUGGAGAGAAUAGCUAUGGACGACCCCAGCAGAAACCCAGAAUACAUGUGUCGCUGGAUGUGGGACAACCUGACCUGCUGGCAGCCAGCAAGAAUAGGAGACGUGGUGUGGAUGCCCUGCCCCGAGCUCUUCGAGGUCAUGAGUGAAGAAUACGAUGAGUUUGCAAAGGUGAGCCGUAACUGCACUGAGGAGGGCUGGUCAGAAAUGAGCCCACAUUACGUGGACGUUUGUCCUUUUGAGGACAACAGAACGAGUCCUAUGGACAAGUACUAUGUGUCAGUGAAGGCUCUGUAUACUGUAGGCUACAGCACUUCCCUGGUGUCUCUCACCACUGCCAUGGUGAUCCUCUGCUGGUUCAGGAAGCUUCACUGCACCAGGAAUUUUAUCCACAUGAAUCUGUUUGUUUCCUUCAUCCUGAGGGCCAUCUCGGUCUUCAUUAAAGAUGGAGUCCUGUAUGCAGAAGAGGACAGCAUCCAUUGCUUCAUGCAUACGGUGGAAUGUAAAGCAGUCAUGGUGUUUUUUCACUACUGCGUGUUGUCCAAUUACUUCUGGCUCUUUAUUGAGGGCUUGUACCUGUUCACUUUACUGGUGGAGACGUUCUUCCCCGAGAGGAGAUACUUCUACUGGUACACAAUCAUUGGCUGGGGAACUCCGACAGUGUGUGUAACGGUUUGGGCAGCUCUGCGAGUUCACUUCGAUGAUAUUGGGUGUUGGGACAUAAACGAUAAUGCUGCCAUCUGGUGGGUGAUUAAGGGACCAGUCCUCGCGUCCAUAAUGAUCAAUUUCGUACUCUUCAUUGGCAUCAUUAUAAUCCUGGUGCAGAAGUUACAGUCUCCAGAUAUCGGUGGGAAUGAAUCCAGCAUUUACCUGCGGCUCGCUCGCUCCACUCUGCUGCUCAUUCCUCUCUUUGGGAUCCACUACACCGUGUUUGCUUUCACCCCCGAGGACGUCAGUAAGAGAGAGCGGCUUGUGUUUGAACUGGGUCUGGGAUCCUUCCAGGGGUUUGUGAUAGCCGUCCUCUACUGCUUUCUCAACGGAGAGGUCCAGUCGGAGGUGAAGAGGAAGUGGAGGAGCUGGACGGUGAACCGUUACUUUGCAGUGGACAUGAAGCACAGGCAUCCGUCCCUGGCCAGCAGUGGCGUGAACGGCGGCACCCAACUCUCCAUCCUGAGCAAAAGCAGCUCCCAGAUCCGCAUGUCCAGCCUGCAGGCCGAAACACCGGCCACAUGAGCCGAAAGAGCUUUAAGGAUCUUCAGAACCACCCAAACUCAUCAUCUAGUGCUAAUGUA